AUGGCAUUUGGUGACAAAAACCUGUGUAUGUUGUUUUUGUUCUCUUCUUCUGCGCUACUGCCUGUGUUUUCCUCUCUUUCCUUAUCUUGUAAAUUAAGGAAAAGGUUUUAUCUCAAUGGAAUGCACAUGGCUGGUGAUGUUGUUCUGGGUGGGCUGUUUGAGGUCCACUACUCACCUGCCUUCCCCGAACUUUCCUUCACCACAGAGCCGAAUCAGCCAAGGUGCCAAGGCUUUGAUAUUCUAGGGUUCAGGCAUGCUCACACCAUGGCCUUUGCUAUUAAUGAAAUCAACAGAAACUCCAACCUGCUACCUAAUGUGACUCUGGGAUACAGUCUUUAUGAUAGCUGUGCCGCACUUGGAAUUUCAUUCCGUGCUUCACUGUCACUUGCCAGUGGUCAAGAGGAACAGUUUGCUUUAGAUGAUACCUGUGUGGGGAGCCCUCCAGUCCUGGGGAUUGUGGGUGAUUCAUAUUCAACGUUUACAAUUGCCAUGUCAAGCGUCAUAGGUUUAUACAAAGUGCCAAUUCUGAGCUACUUUUCCACAUGUCCCUGCCUAAGUGAUCGGCAACGCUUUCCAUCUUUCUUCAGAACAAUCCCAAGUGAUACUUUCCAGGUGCGUGCUAUGAUUCAGAUUCUAAAACACUUUGGCUGGACUUGGGUAGGUCUGCUCGUCAGUGAUGAUGACUAUGGACUUCAUGCUGCCCGAUCCUUCCAAUCUGACCUGGCUGAGUCUGGUGGAGGGUGUCUGGCCUAUUUGGAGGUUUUACCCUGGGGCAAUGACCCGAAUGAAUUUAGCAGGAUUGUGGAUUUGAUAAAAAUAUCCACAGCUCGUGUGGUCAUUGUGUUUGCACACGAGAGUCACAUGAUUCACCUAAUGGGAGAGGUGAAACAGUUUUGGGAAUACACAUUCCAGUGUAGAUUUGUACCACCUCCAGCAGGUUGGAUGGAAACUGGGGGAGUAUUAUGCACUGGACAAGAAGAUCUAGAGAGUGUGGCCACUGAGCUUUUGGAUGUGUCAGAACUCAGGCCAGAGUAUAAUGUGUACAAGGCUGUGUAUGCACUGGCACAUGCCCUUGAUGACAUGUUGCGCUGUGUUCCUGGGAAAGGUCCUUUCAGCGGGCACAGUUGUGCCAAUUUGCAAAAAAUGGCGCCAUGGCAGCUUGUACAUUAUUUGCAAAUGGUUAAUUUCACCACAUCAUUUGGUGAUCAAGUGUCAUUUGAUGAGAAUGGCGAUGCCUUACCAAUAUAUGAUAUCAUGAACUGGCUGUGGCUCCCAGAUGGGAGAACUAAAGUUCAGAGUGUGGGUGAGGUUAAGAGAUCCGACUUCAAAGGUGAAGAACUCACAAUUGACGAAGACAAAAUCUUCUGGAACUUUGAAUCUAAAAAGCCACCCCGGUCAGUGUGCAGUGAGAGCUGUCCUCCAGGUACCCGUGUGGCCAGAAAGAAAGGGGAACCUGUGUGCUGCUUUGACUGCAUCCCUUGUUCUGAGGGAAAGAUCAGCAAUGAUACUGACUCAAUGGAGUGUACCAGUUGUCCAGAGGACUUCUGGCCCAGCUCCCAGCGUGACCACUGUGUUCCCAAGAAAACAGAGUUCCUCUCCUACCAUGAACCUCUGGGUAUCUGCUUGACAAGCACAUCCUUGCUGGGAACAUGUAUCUGUGCUGUUGUGUUGGGCAUCUUCACCUAUCAUCACAGCACACCCAUGGUACGUGCAAACAAUUCAGAACUGAGUUUCCUGCUCUUAGCAUCACUUAAGUUAUGUUUCCUGUGUUCGCUGCUGUUUAUUGGCCGUCCCAGACUGUGGACAUGCCAGCUGAGACAUGCAGCAUUUGGGAUCAGCUUUGUGCUUUGUGUCUCGUGUAUUCUGGUGAAAACUAUGGUGGUUCUGGCUGUGUUCAAGGCUUCCAAACCAGGAGGUGGAGCCAGUCUGAAAUGGUUUGGUGCUAUGCAGCAGAGAGGGACAGUGAUGGUUCUUACUUCUAUUCAGGCAGCAAUCUGCACAGUUUGGCUUGUGUCUUCCUCACCAGCUCCUCAUAAAAACACUCAGUACCACAAUGACAAAAUAGUUUAUGAAUGUGCAGUUGGGUCCACAAUUGGCUUUGCAGUUUUACUUGGUUACAUUGGCUUACUGGCUAUCCUCAGCUUCCUGUUAGCUUUUCUGGCAAGGAAACUUCCAGAUAGUUUCAAUGAGGCCAAACUCAUCACUUUCAGCAUGCUGAUCUUCUGUGCUGUGUGGGUGGCUUUUGUCCCUGCUUAUGUCAACUCUCCAGGUAAAUAUGCAGAUGCUGUGGAGGUAUUCGCCAUCCUGGCCUCCAGUUUUGGUCUCUUGGUAGCACUGUUUGGACCCAAAUGUUACAUAAUCCUGCUGAGGCCAGAGAGGAACACCAAGAAAGCAAUCAUGGGUCGAGGCACCACAAAGUCAUAAAAUUUCACUUUGUUUAUACUGCACUGAUGCUCAUAAGUUCAUAAUUACAUACAGUCACUUCUGAGAAGACAUGAAACAAGACAAUAUAGCCCAAUAACCCAGCUGAGACUAAAAUUACCACGUCAUUAAAUAUAAAUGAACACAACAGUCAGAGUCUAC